AUGGCUCUCAGUCGGUACCUCACUGGUUUGGACGAAACAGAAACGAAAUUUGAUGCCUCUGCCUCCGAAGUAGCAGAUAUCGAAAGCGCAGUAGUACAGGUUUGUUACCGAAUUCUAGAAGAAGUGUACGAACUAGACAACCGAUUUAAGACAUCUCGUGUACUGAAGACAGGAAGUUUUUACGAAGGAACUAAAAUAAGCGAACCGAAUGAAUUCGACUUGAUGGCCGUAAAUGAAGAAUUGUCGCGUCCUGGCCUCUGUACAGCAGUCAGGGAAUGCCCUGAUGCAGCGGGAUUUGCUCAUGUCCUCACAGAGGACAAAUCUGUUGCUGAUCGCUGGAAAGGAAUUACUUACUCGAGAGAGGAUGGUCGUCUAUAUAUAGUUCCUUACCACCAGUAUGGCUCCGUGCAAGUGACAUUCGGGCAGAUGGUUACGAAUGCAUACGAACGCCUUUGCUCUAGGGGGACAACGAUUUCCACCCCGGCAGGGACUUUAAAAAUGAUACAAUGGGGAACAAAUCCAGUUCGACCGGGUUGUCGUCUCCAACUGAAAUGGAGGUCAAGUUCUACUGACGCUUACAAUCCUCUGAACACAGACGUAGAUUUAACAUUUGCCGUUGAAGUGGAAGUGGAAAAUGAUCGUGAAAGUGCAAGCAAUAGUUUAUAUCUUUUAGUUCCAGCUUGGUGUUAUAAAUGUCAAGAACAUUUUCACAAAAAUAUAUCGCUCUGUUGGAGAAGGUCAUUUUCUGUGAUUGAAAAACAAAUGUUCGAAGAAAUGGGUCACCAGCAUAUUCACAAGAGAUGCAACAGGGUUCUGAAAUAUUUGAAAGAUAUGUUUUAUCUUGACAGAAACCCUUUUCAAAUCAGUUCUUAUGUUAUCAAAACACUGGUACUCCGUCAUGAAGAGCGGUACAAGGAAGAGGAGCAC